AUGCUCAACAAACUCCACGGUCAGCCCGACAGCUAUGACAAGAAAGCCAAGUACAAGUUUGGCAGAACCCUCGGAGCUGGAACCUACGGCAUCGUCAGAGAAGCAGAGUCACCCCAAGGAAAAUGCGCUGUCAAGAUCAUCCUGAAGAAGAACGUAAAAGGCAACGACCAGAUGGUCUACGACGAACUGCAGAUGCUCCAGCGCCUUCAACACCCUCACAUUGUCAAGUUCUUUGAUUGGUUCGAGUCCAGAGACAAAUACUACAUCGUGACCCAGCUCGCAACUGGUGGAGAGCUGUUUGACCGCAUCUGCGAAAAGGGCCGCUUCACCGAGAAGGACGCUUCUGCGACCAUAAGGCAGGUCCUGGAAGCCGUCGACUACCUCCACCAGAACGAUGUCGUUCACCGCGAUCUCAAGCCCGAGAACCUCCUCUACCUGACCAAGGCCGAUGACUCGACUCUUGUACUCGCCGACUUUGGAAUUGCCAAGCAUCUUGACAGCCCCGACGGCGUUCUCAAGACCAUGGCUGGUUCCUUUGGCUACGCAGCACCUGAGGUCAUGCUCAAAAAGGGACAUAGCAAGCCCGUCGACAUGUGGUCUCUCGGUGUCAUCACCUACACUCUUCUCUGCGGUUACUCGCCUUUCCGCAGCGAGAACCUGACCGAUUUGAUCGAAGAGACCAAGCACGGCAGAGUUGUCUUCCACGAACGCUACUGGAAGGAUGUCAGCAAGGAGGCCAAGGACUUCAUCAUGACUCUGCUGGUGCCCAAGCCCGAAAACAGAGCUACAAGUGCUCAAUCACUCAAGAACGCAUGGAUCGCCGGUAAGGGUGCAACCGACCACAACUUGCUGCCCGAGAUCAAGGCAUACAUGACCAAGGCUCGUCUGAAGCGUGGUAUCGAACUCGUCAAGCUGGCCAAUCGUAUCGAGGCACUCAAGAUGCAAGAAGACGAGGAGGAGGAGGUACCACAAUCUGGAGACAUGCCAGCAGGCGCAAAGGAGGCGGCUGGUGAAGCACUGGCACAUCAGAAGGAGAAGCCGCUGGAAGGUGGACUUGCGGUGCCAACGGACCAAGGAGUGACACACAAGCGCAGUCUGAGCAAGCUUGCCAAGGGAGCCAUCUUCCGCGAGGUUGUUCUGGCCAAGGUGCGCGAGAUGAAGGCCGACGAGGAAGCACAGAAGAUCACCUCGACUGGCAGCUUCGAAAAGGAGAAGGAGAACAAGUAA